AUGCCCGCCCAGCAGAUAUUCUCCGCCAAAGCCCUUGUUGGCGUUUGGAAAAACCUCCGGAACACGCGCGAUAAGAACGACUUCUACCUGACGCUUCAGUACCACCAAGAUGACGUACGAUCAAAGGGCAAGAAGUAUGGCAAGACCAACGUAAUCGAAACAACCUCAGAGCUCGACGAUGGGAAGACUGUGGAUGUGGGCGGGAAGAGCAUCAGCUUCGUCGUGCCAUGGCGGAGCAUGCAGGCGCAGAGACGCGAGCUGCGCGAGAAGGAGAAGGAGCUCGCCGAAGCCUUAGUCAUGCUCGCGGGCGAGGUCUCAUUCACUGAUCUGUCUCCGACACUACAAGCCUCCCUCACGCAGAACCCGCUUGUCCAAAUCCGGCACCUGGCUGCUGGCAUCAGUCGCCAGAUGUCAAAGGUGGAGCUGCAGAUGGCAGACAACGCGCCCUUCUCGCUUGGAAAGAACCUCUAUACUGGCGGAGAGAUAGCGCGCAAGUUUCUUCCAGCUAUCCAGAUCCUCUUCGACCAGCGCCCAGUACCACAGCGUAUGAUCUUUGAAUUGCUCAUGGAGCUCAAGGAUCUCGUCUACAUGGGCAUGUCAGACUGCAACAAGGAAGUCCUCGAAUGGGAGAUUGAUGGCCCAGCUAUCGGUGCUCUCGAAGAGAUGGACGACGCGUUCGCGAGAGCUGUCACCCCAGUUGUCUCAGAUGUGGAAGCUGAACGGCCUCAGACCGCUGGGUUAGACCCUGCACAGAAGAAGCUAGCACGUCGAAAGGCGUCGUCUCUGUCUUCAAUCACCCUGUUAAAGCCACAGCAGCCGUUCCUCACCGCCUCGACCGACGAGCUGCUCUACACUCUGGAGUCGCUAGAAACGACUGCCCUGGCACUCACCCACCUGCCUGUUCCAAUACCCGACUUCUGCGCGCAUUCCAUCAUCACCCUGCGACGACUCUCGCCUCGCCAGACACUGAUGGAGUUUUCCACCAGUAAAAAGCGAAGAGCUGGUCGAUGCGCAGAGUAUGCUCGUUGUAUGAAGUGGGCAAGCACCAGCUGGCGACAGGGCGGUGGGUGCAGACGCGGCUGUAAGAAUGAAGACGAAGAUCCCGAGAACCUCCCGAGCUGGCACAGAAGCAGCCGCUGGUUUGACGGAAAUGGCGACGGAACGCACAUGGUUGGCGGUGGCAGACCAGAGGAGCUUGAAGCCAUCAAAGAUACCUGA